AUGGGUGUUGACCGUGAUGAAAUUGCUUCCGGACCCGUGCAGACCAUUUUCAACCCGGUGAUGGCCAGUUACAUAAAACUAAACAAGGAUAUCAUUCGGCAUGCUUCUGAGAUCUACUCAUAUCGUGACGAGUCUGGCAAUAAAUAUAGCUCACAAGCGACUAUCUUCCAUAAGAUCUUGGAGACCGAUCUGCCCGAGUAG